GAAAACUGUCAUCGCACCGGUUGUCAAUUUCAGAUUCGAGUAUAAAAAUAGUAAUAAUUUAUUCUGUAAAACGUAAUUUUCCAUCAUCUGAAUGAAAUGGCAUCCGUUUUAGAACAGUUUGUAACGACUGUUAGGACACUUUCUUCUCAUGGAAACUAUAAAGUUCUUUGUGAAUAUUUAAGUAAAUCUUCGGAUAUCCUCCUUAAAAACACUCAACACUUGGACAACGUGCUUGAAACGCUUGAUUUGCAACAACAUUCACUCGGCUACUUAGUAGUAUUAUGCGCUAAAUUUAAUUCAACAGUCCCCGCAAAUACUCCAGACAAUCGGUUUGCACAAGUCCAAGAGUUUAUCCAUGGCUGUAACGGAGAGCAGAUCAGAUUAGCUCCCGAUACUUUUGCUGAUUUAUGUCACUCUCUAACAAAUUAUCUAGUUGAGCAGAAACAACCGAUGAAAGGGAUUCUCCUGUUAAGAAAGGCUAUUUCGAAGUUGAGGUUCUUUGAUUCUCAACUAACAUCAAUUCAUGCUGAUCUGUGCCAGUUGUGCUUAUUGGCAAAAUGCUUUAAGCCUGCUUUAGAAAUUUUAGAUACUGAUAUUACUGGAAUUUGCCAAGAGAUUGUUCAUAAUCCUAAUGGGGCCCAAUUUGAAGCAAAAUAUUUUUUAUUGUAUUAUUACUAUGGCGGAAUGAUUUAUUUAGCUGUGAGAAAUUUGGAUCGUGCUUUGUAUUUCUUUGAGGUAGCUAUAACAACCCCAGCGCACGCCGUUUCUCAUAUUAUGCUCGAGGCAUACAAGAAAUACAUUAUAGUUUCACUUUUAUUACACGGAAAAAUACAACCAGUGCCUAAAUAUGCUUCACAAGUGGUUACUCGGUUUAUCAAACCAUUAUCUCAGCCUUACAAUGAUUUAGCAAAUUCUUUCACUUCAAACAACACAGCGGAUUUGAAUGCUGUAAUUAAUAAACACAGAGAGGCAUUCACCAGGGAUCACAAUUUAGGUCUUGUAAAACAGGUAUCCUCAGUGCUUUACAAGAAAAACAUUCAAAGGCUGACGAAAACCUUCUUAACGUUAAGUUUAUCAGAUGUGGCAAGCCGAGUUGGAUUGCCUGGUCCUUCAGAUGCUGAGCGUUACAUUUUGCACAUGAUUGAGGAUCAGCAAAUUUACGCUACGAUAAACCAAAAAGACGGAAUGGUUGUGUUUAGAGACGAGCCUGAGAAAUACGGAGGUGCAGACGUGCUGAAAAGUCUAGAAGCUCAAUUAGCUAUUUGUAUGGAACUUGACAAGCAAAUACUUGCUAUGGACGAAGAUAUCCAAGUGAAUCCCGUUUACGUGAAAAAGUCAAGCGGUGUGCAAGACGAAGAACAGCCUAGCAAAAGUACAUACGCGAUGUAAAAUUUUCAGUUGCUCAGUGUUAUCAAUUUUCAUUUUGUACACUUGAAUUAUUCAAGCUUUUUCAUGAAGAAACGGAAAGAUCAGCUCAUUAACUUGUAAUCGAAAUUAUAACAUUAUAAACACUGUGUGUUUUUGUAGUUUAAUACCAUUUCUCAGAAACGUGUACAUUAUUUAUUUGUGUUUAAGUAACAAUUCGAGAUUUACAUUGUACUGAGGUUAUUUACAAUAAAAUACUGAUAUACUUGCUA